UUGAUAUAAUGGAAGUUUUGAUAAAAAGCAGAAGAGGAAGUGAGCCUAGGUAGAGACCUACUUCAGUUGUCGGUAAAUAUCACGUAAACUCUACAUAUAUGGCAGGCGUUGUCCUUACCGAUAACAGACGGUAAGGCAAGAGGUAGCACGCCACUUUUCUCACCUACGUCAAAUAGUAACACAUCUAAAAGACUGAACAUGGCCUCUCCUGGACCUGGUAAAUCUGUCAUCCAUUACAGUCUGUCAGAUGGAGGUUCUUGGGGAUCAUUUCUGCAGAAAAAGUUAAGCGAACCCCAGUAUGACAUACCGACGGAGCUACACGAGAUGGGGUCUCCCUGGCUCGAGACUACAAAAUAUGAUGUCAACAUAAUCCUUGUCAGUCCCGAUUUUCUUUUGACGAAUUCGUUUGAAAAGUUUCAAACUUGUAGUAUUAGACAUUCACUAGCUAUACUACUGGGAACGAGUAACAAGGAGUUCCACGAUGCUGUGUCGAGAGGAAAUCCCCAAAGUCAACUUCUCAAAUGGAUCUGUUACAGUCCCCAACAAACCCGGGACUCAGUAAAGGGACUUUUGUUGACCAUUAUCAACUUAUACGAGAGUCUACACGGCGGGGAUGAGGUUGAUGACGAUGAGAGUUGUGUGGAGGAUCCACUGUUCAAACUUGUGCCCGAGCCGUGCUCUGAUGAGAGGCGGUCGUCAGAUGAAGUUGACUAUGACACUUUACCACCGACCCGUCAAGUCAACGCCCUUCAUAGUGUUGUACAGCUUCCCUAUAGUGAGGAGGACGAAUCCAGAGAAUUAUUUAUUCUGCUAGACCGGAAAGCUGACUCGAACGUGAUGCUGAAUUUAGACUCAGGAGAAACCAUACCAACAGAGGAAAUCGAGCAGGCGGUUUACAAGGCCCGGAUUCCCAAGAACCUCAUCCAUGAUAACAGUAUUGGAUUCUUGGCUACCUGUAAAGACCAGGAUCUUGGUUCAAUAGAAUGUCAAUUUGACAGGCAGUACCAGAACGAGGUGAAAAGGGAAAAUUCGGAAAAAAGUCAUGACAUUGAACAUUCUGGCUCGGUAUCUACAAAUACUGGAAAUUUGACGGUUUCGAACCCCUCCAGUCCGGCCUCAAGGCUAGAUAUUAUACACGAUAUCCUGGAGAGGGAGACUGAUCCGGUACAUCUAUUGUGUAAGGCCUUGAGAAUAUCCGACACCGACCACGAACAACUGGAUGAGUACUUGUCACAAAAGUGCAGACAUCUGAGGAUAACGGAGUAUUUUGAUGAUCUGGUGAUGGGAGACAAACCAGGUAUAGGAAAAUCAAUAGCUUCGCUUCAUACAUGUACAGACAAUGACAGUGAAUGGCCUACUCUCCUCCAUUUCUGUGCCGAUACCAAUUUGCUGAAGUCGACGAAUGAACUGCUCCAAGUUCCCUGUUUAUUAUCGGCUUGUCUCAGGCGUAACCGCAACCAGGAGACUCCAAGAGACAUUGCAAAGAGGAACGGCUUUACAGACCUGGCAGAGCUGCUGGAUAAACAGAACGGCAUUGGGCACACAAAUGUGUCAAGAAGCUCAGAUAGCGGAAUAAUGGAUUCCCCUGAAGACUGCUGUUUCCCUGUAGAACAUACCGGCACCUCAAUGCGAGACAAAAAUGGCGGGAAUGACACUCGGGACGUUGAUAGCGGUGUGUCUGAGCUGCAGCAUUCCUAUGUUGGCAGGGAAAGCGACUAUAUGGAUAUGUCAACAACACGAAAGUCUAAAACGUCUAAAAGUGUCCCUGACGUUUCUCUGAGCAGUUCCGUUAGUGACCUUCGGCCCUCCGGCGACUAUGAUUCUAUAGCCAGAGGUUUGGUGUCAAAAUCAUAUCAAGGACCAGCAAUUUCUGAUCCCUUACCGGAAACUUUCAAUCCUCUACCAGAAGGCCGGAAAGAAGGGGAGACCACGUGGUUUGUUGAGAGUCCUCCUCUAUACAGGUUCCCAGUCCGAAGGUGCAGUGAAUCUGACAAGGAUAGCAUUCGCCUUAGUCGGAAUAGUCGUAAGGCAAGUGGAUCAUUCGGACGAAAAAAACAAUCGUUUUCAAAAACAAUUUCCAAUGUUUUCAAAAUAAAAAGGAAGAAUUCUUUAUCCUCCAAUCCCGGCACUACAAUUCCAGAGGAGGCGAACAGUGACCAAAAUACAAAGGGAGAACGCGGAGGAGGAUUCCCCUGUAUCCCAAUCGUAUCUUACGAAGAUUGUGAAGAAGAGGAAGUAUUGGUGUCCCCCAAACCACCACAAUUGGUUGGUAAAAGAGCAAUACAACAAAACGACACAAACACCAAACAGAAAACAGAAGAGAAAAGUGAGACCAAUAAAAGAACUUUUAAAAAGAUGAAAAAUCCCUUUAAAAAGAAAAUUGAUAGACGUAAAUCACUGAGAAUGAGCCGGGUUCUUAAGGACAACAACGUAGUUGUACUUGCAUUGCCAAGUAAAAAUGAUCUGUCGGUGUGAUAUAUAUUCAGAUAAUGCUGACAACAUUGGUACACUUAAAUGGGACCUCUUGUCAACUAUGUACUGGAACACGUUACUUCAUGACAAAUAUGAACACGGAUGCAUGAUAUAUAACAAGAUUUCAAGAUUGUGAAAUAAUACACGAUUUUAUGUCAACAUUACACGUGAUUUCAUUUCAAGAUUAUUAACUAAUACAUGAUUUUAUGUCAACAUUAACGUGAUUUCAUUUCAAGAUUAUUAAUUAAUACAUGGUGUUGUGUCAACAUUCACGUGAUUUCAUUUUUCUGGAUUGUGAACUUAAAAAUGAUUAUAUGUCAUCAUUUUUUACUCAUAUGUAAUUUCAUGCCAACCUUUUAUAUAUUGAGUGCGACUUUUUGUCAACAUUUCAUUUACUGAUUUUGUAAAUUUAUGUCAAUAUUUUAUGUACUGAUUAUGUGAAUUUAUGUCAACAUUUUAUAUCAUCAGUAAAUUUACAAUGCACGUCAAUAUUCUAUGUACUAAUUAUGUGAAUUUGUCAACAUUAUACUGUUACUCCAACCUGGCGUCAUGCUAACUUUGUGUCCUGAUAAUUAUGUUAAUAACAUUUAACAUGUACCUUGUAAAUUAUAAAUCAGUUUAUUAUACCUAUUAUACCAUCAGUCAAAUAAUAUUUUGGCAUUGAACUGGAUGUACGGCGUGUACGUUAUGAUAUUAAUAAACUAACCUCGGUAAAUUGGCUUUCAAUAAGAGUUAUUCUACAGGUUUGUAUUCCAAUUAAGAAGUAAGUCAGUUGUUGGAAUUAAGGCGAGUAUAUGUAUCUAUGUCCUAGUAUGUUAUACAGUAAAUAUAAACCCUACAUUACCCAUACCCCAGUCUGUAAUACUGUAAAUAUAAACCCUACAUUACCCAUAUCCAAGUCUGUUAUACUGUAAAUAUAACCCCUACAUUACCCAUACCCCAGUCUGUAAUACUGUAAAUAUCAACCCUACAUUACCCAUACCCCAGUCUGUAAUACUGUAAAUAUCAACCCUACUUUACCCAUACCCCAGUCUGUAAUACUGUAAAUAUCAACCCUACGUUACACAUAUCCCAGUCUGUAAUACUGUAAAUAUAAACCCUACAUUAUCCAUACCCCAGUCUGUAAUACUGUAAAUAUAAACCCUACAUUACCCAUACCCCAGUCUGUAAUACUGUAAAUAUAAACCCUACAUUACCCAUACCCCAGUCUGUAAUACUGUAAAUAUAAACCCUACAUUACCCAUACCCCAGUCUGUAAUACUGUAAAUAUAAACCCUACAUUACCCAUACCCCAGUCUGUAAUACUGUAAAUAUAAACCCUACAUUAUCCAUACCCCAGUCUGUAAUACUGUAAAUAUCAACCCUACAUUAACCAUUCCCCAGUCUGUAAUACUGUACAUAUAAACCCUACAUUAACCAUUCCCCAGUCUGUUAUACUGUAAAUAUCAACCCUACAUUAACCAUUCCCCAGUCUGUAAUACUGUACAUAUCAACCCUACAUUAACCAUUCCCCAGUCUGUUAUACUGUAAAUAUCAACCCUACGUUACACAUACCCCAGUCUGUAAUACUGUACAUAUAACUCCUACAUUACCCAUACCUCAGUGUGUACUAUUGUAAAUAUAAACAUUAUAUUAUCCAAACCUCAGUCUAUUCUACUGCAUACAUUUGCCAUGUAUACAAGCAUAUUUAUCUGUUAAAUAACCGUGAUGUUAUUGUAUGAACGUUUGCUGUAUACCUACUGAGCAUUAUUCCAUUAUCUUAUUUACAGUGACGUUACAUACAAUAAUGAUAAAACAAAUGAUUAAGUAUUUUGACGUCAAAUUUAAAAACGAUUUCUUUUCCAUUGAUAUUGAAUCCUAUCAAUACCCCCGCAACGAAGUUAGGGGGUAUACUGGAAUCAGGUUGUCCGUCCGUCCGUCCGUCCGUCCGUCCGUCUGUCUGUAGACAUAUUUUGUUCGGGUAACUUCUCCUAAACCGAUGGGCCGAUUCCAAUGAAACUUCACACACAUAUUAAUGAUCAUGUGUAGAUGUGCAUGUCACUUUCUUUUUUCCAAAAUUAUGGUUGCUAUGACAACUGGUCACUUUAAACAGGUUUUCCGAUAAGAACCAUAACUUUAAGUUUGUCCGGACAACUCCUCCAAAAUCGAAGAGCCGAUUUCAAUGAAACGUCACACAAAUGUAGGGGACCAGGUGUAGAUGUGCAUGCCACUUUCUUUUCCUCAAAAUUAUGGUUUCCAUGGCAACUGAUUACUAUAUUACUAGGUUAUCUUAGUUAGCUUCUAAUUUACAGUUCCAAUUUACCAAUGACUCGUGCAGAUUGCGGGGGUAUUAGCCAUCCUGGCGACAGUUCUAGUUUUAACUUCCUAUUUAACUUUUAACUGCCUGUACAUAGUUCCGUUCGUGUUUGUAUUUAUGAUAAUAAUAUAUGUUUGUGAUAUUAUUCGUAUUUCGGGUGUCAUAAUUAUACAAGGUAAUUUGUUAUACUAUAGUAUAUAAAUGUUAUAUACCUAUAUUACCACCGGAUACCUGAUAACAAGUAAUACAAAAAUCAAUCUUAUGCUGCCAUUAUUUCAUUAGCUACAACAAUGCAAUUCCGAUACAUAUUCUUGGUUUUAUUGAUCGUUAUGUAAUAUUAGCUUACAUGAAAUAUAAUACUGUUUUAGAAACACAUGCAAUAUAUUUGUACAUUGGAACUAAAUGUAUUGAAACAAUUGUAAUUUUAUGCUGUUACGUGUGAAGCUGAUUUGAAUUUAAGAAUAAAACAUGCCUUCAA